GCAUGACGAAAUACGACUGUUACAAAGCCAUCAGACUAUUGGAGUCGUUGAAUGAGAACGAAAAACAAACUCCAUGGGUAUUGAGCAAGCUUGGAAGGUUACAUUAUGAAAUUGUCAAUUAUAAGCAAUCAGAAUAUUAUUUCAGCAAGUUGCGGAAAUUAGAUCGGACUCGAUUGCAAGAUAUGGAAUAUUUCCUGACGUUGCUCUGGCAUCUCCAUCAGAAAGUCGAAUUGACAUAUUUGGCUAACGAAUUGCAUGAUUUGGACGCCAAUUCUCCAAUAACGUGGUGUACCAUUGGUAACUUGUUUUCCCUUACCCAUGAGCCUGAUGAAGCCAUCAAGUGCUUCAAUAAGGCGAUCAAAUUGGAUAGCAAGUUUGCAUAUGCGUACACUUUGAAAGGGCAUGAAUAUUUUGGUAAUGACAAUUAUGAAAUGGCGUUGGAGUCUUUCCGGGUUAGUUUGUUAUUAAACCCUAGACAUUAUAAUGCCUUGUAUGGUAUUGGGAUGGUGUACAUCAAUUUAGGUGAUUAUCAAAAGGCGGACUAUCAUUUCCGGAAAGCGGUGUCAAUAAACCCCAUCAACAUCAUCCUCAUAUGUUGUGUUGGGAUGGUUUUAGAAAAGCUCAACAAGAAGAACUUAGCAUUGAGACAGUAUGAGCUUGCCAAUCAGCUACAACCGUUGAACCCGCUUCCCUUGUUUAAGAAGGCACAGUUGUUGUUUAGUUUGCAGCAGUACCCCGCUGCAUUAAAGAGUUUUGAGAUCUUGAAAGAGUUGGCACCUGAUGAAGCAAGCGUGCAUUUCUUGCUUGGACAAUUGUACAAGAUCCAGAAUGACAAGUUUCUGGCAAUCAAAGAGUUUACCAUAGCACUAAACUUGGAUCCCAAGGGGAACUACUUGAUCCGAGAAGCCAUGGAGUCGUUGAAGGAAUAGAGUAUGUGUAUGUUAAUAGAGAUUUUUAUGUAACCGUUAUAGAUGUGACGGUGUAAGGUCUGUGCUAUUUUUGGCGCGUUGGGGGAUCAUAAGGCCGCAUGGUUCCAUUUUUUUUUAAACCCAAUUUUCACCACCACAUUCAUUUCUUUG